CCUCUGUCGGCACAAGAGGGUAAUGACAGCAAAGAUGGCGGCGCCUAUGAACAACGUGGAUGAAAUUCGUGAUAGAGUAAUAUUGGGUGAAUUUGGCGUUAAAAAUGUCCAUACUACGGAUUAUCCAGGAAAUUACCCUGGUUACGAUGACACAUGGGACUUUGAAAAAUUCAAAAAGAACUUCAGGAUCGAUAUAGUUAAUUCUGAUGAAAACACGUUGGAGUUUGAUAUGAUUGGAAUUGAUGCGGCCAUCGCCAAUGCUUUUCGCCGUAUUUUACUUGCUGAGGUCCCAACAAUGGCCAUUGAGAAAGCCUUCAUUUACAAUAACACAUCGAUAAUUCAGGAUGAGAUUUUAUCUCAUAGGCUUGGUCUUGUGCCCAUUAAAGCAGAUCCUCGUCUUUUUGAGUACAGGAAUUCGGAGGAUCAGGAAGGCACAGAAAUUGACACAAUUCAACUUCAGCUGAAGAUAAAAUGCACAAGGAAUCCUAGAGCCCCAAAAGACUCUUCAGAUCAUAAGGAGUUAUAUCUCAAUCACAUGGUCUACUCAGGUGACAUAAAAUGGCUCCCAGUUGGAAAUCAGGCCGAUGUAUUUGCAGAUGCCAAGAUUGGUCCUGUGCAUGGGGACAUUCUCCUGGCACAACUCCGACCAGGGCAGGAACUUGAUAUAGUCAUGCACUGUGUCAAAGGAAUAGGCAAGGAUCAUGCCAAGUUUUCUCCUGUGGCUACCGCAAGCUACAGACUCCUUCCUGAAAUCACAUUAUUACAGACCAUUGAGGGAGAACAAGCGGAGAGGUUAAAGCGAUGCUUCUCUCCUGGAGUUAUUGAGCUAGAGAAUGUGAACGGAAGGAAGGUAGCUAAGGUUGUCAACAGUCGUUUGGACACAUGCAGCAGAGAAGUUCUUCGGCAUGAUGACUUGAAGAACUUGGUGAAACUGGGCAGAGUGCGGGAUCAUUUCAUAUUCUCAGUGGAGUCCACAGGGAUCCUCCCUCCUGAUGUCCUGGUUACCGAGGCCAUUAAUGUCCUCAUCUCUAAGUGCCAGAAGUUUCUCACAGAGCUUGAUACGACAGAAAUGGACUAGAUGGAAGAAAAUAAGGCUAGCCACAAUCAUCCUAUAGCUUUGAAUGAAAUCGUGUGAUUGGUUCGCUGGCAUUGUACAU